AUGGUGCAAGCCGAAUCCUCCACAACUGCUGAGCGCAAUGGCCUCAAGGCUGUCACAGCUGGUGCUCCUGUCGACUACGAGCUGCCUUGGUCAGUGCCUAUUCAUGAUGGUGACUUUAAUCUCAAGCUGACUCUUUCGCUCGCGGGCUGCAACAGGGUUGAAAAAUACCGACCUAUCUUCCUCGAUGACAUUGUCGGUAACACCGAAACGGUUGAGCGCCUGAAAAUUAUCGCCAAAGAUGGUAAUAUGCCCCACGUCAUCAUCUCUGGCAUGCCGGGUAUCGGAAAGACAACCUCCGUUCUCUGCCUGGCACGGCAAUUACUUGGAGAUGCGUAUAAAGAGGCGGUCCUAGAGCUGAAUGCCAGUGAUGAGAGAGGCAUCGACGUGGUUCGGAACCGCAUUAAGGGUUUUGCCCAGAAGAAGGUCACUCUGCCUGCAGGCCGACAUAAGCUGGUCAUCCUUGAUGAAGCUGACAGCAUGACACCAGGUGCCCAACAGGCACUGCGACGAACGAUGGAAAUCUACUCCUCCACAACUCGAUUUGCCUUCGCCUGCAACCAAUCGAACAAGAUCAUCGAGCCCCUUCAAUCGCGUUGCGCUAUCCUCCGUUAUGCUCGACUUACCGAUGCCCAAGUCGUCAAGCGGCUGAUGCAGAUCUGCGAGGCAGAGAAAGUUGAACAUUCGGAGGAUGGCAUUGCCGCUCUUGUCUUUAGUGCUGAGGGUGAUAUGCGACAAGCCAUCAAUAAUCUACAGAGUACGUGGUCUGGAUUUGGCUUUGUCAGUGGAGACAAUGUGUUCCGUGUCGUCGAUAGCCCUCACCCCGUCAAGGUUCAGGCUAUGAUCAAGGCCUGCUGGGAAGGCAAAGUGGAUGCGGCGCUGGAAACUUUAAAUGAACUAUGGAACCUUGGCUAUUCUUCCCAUGACAUUAUUAGCACAAUGUUCCGAGUCACCAAGACCAUUCCGACGCUCUCAGAGCACUCCAAGCUGGAGUUUAUCAAAGAGAUUGGAUUUACCCAUAUGCGGAUCCUCGAUGGAGUUCAGUCUCUGCUCCAGCUUAGCGGCUGCAUUUCGAAGCUUUGCAAGAUCAACAUGGAGCGCGAGCUCUUUGAGCCACGUAAAGCCUGA